GAUGGAGAACAUCUCAGUGGAGGCUGACCGAAAACACAUCCUGGCGUACAGCAUAGACGCCAUCCGUUGCCUCAGCGACCCGAAGCUCAGCCUGGAGCCAGCACUGGAGUCGCGCCUCCUGCGGGCCGCCGUGGACAAGAGCUUCCUGGCCAUAGGGCGUGAGACCCAUCGCAAGGCAGGUCAUGCAGCGGCUGUAUGAGGAGUACCUGGAGGGCCUGCUGUGCUGUGUCUUGUCCAGCGCCCCCAGCCUGGGCAAGCUCUACUCCAUCUGGGAGCACUUUACGUCAUGGAUUGAGGCCCCGGAUGCCCAGCACCGUGCACUGGGCAUGAAGAUCAUCACCGGCAUCCUUGCCUUUGCUGUGCAGCUCCUCCCACAGUUUGAGGGCUCCCCUGACAUGCCGGAGGUGGAGGACAUGGCAGCCCGCCUGGGUCUGCCCAUCAACGACCCGGAGGAGACCAUCAAGGCCAGGGCGUGCAUGUAUUUGCUUGCUCAAAUCCUCCUUCAUCAGAGGGGCCAAGACAUGCAAGGGGCAGAGGAGCUGCGGUGCAAGCGCCAGAUGGAGCAGAGCCAGGUCCAGAACUACAGAGACCUGGCGAGAGUGGGAGAGGGGCUGAGAAGGAUCUUGCUGGAGGAGCAAAGGAGAUCUUUCCUGCAGAGGGCCCUUCAUGCAGUUCACAAUGGACCGAGGCACAUCAGCCAAGCUGGGCUUGUCUUUCUGUAUGCCAUCCUGGGGGAAGCCAGCUGCUUGAUGCAGCACAAGGAGAAAGAAAUCCCCAUCAGGGUCCUGAAUAAGAUAUUCAUUAUCACCUGCCUGAAAGAGCUGCCUAAAGAUCUGCAAGGGAACAGCCUGCUGGUCACCUCCUCCAGCGCCCUCACCUCUCUCCAGCUGCCCACACUUGCUCCUGCAGCAACACCUGCAAACCACCUGCACCCUGACAGCACCUCCCUGAGCGAAGACGACCUCCCCAACCUUACCGGGAGCCCGGCAGCUACAUAGAAAAGCUGCAACAGCGCCAAAGCCACCACACACGUCACUGACUGACAAGUUAUCAUCCAGCCCAAGCCGUCCUCCACAGCCACGUCAGUUUCUGCAUAGAAAAGCAGCCUGAGAAACCCUCAUGGUGAAGAACUUGAACAUCUUCUUCCAGCCCGGCUCUGCAAAGGGCUGGGGAAAGACCAGGCACCACAAGUUUGUAGUGCCCAGGUUGCCCAGUGGAGGAUGCUCUUGUUGUGUGGAUGGCAUUUUGUGACCCCUGCCUCAGGGCUAUGGCCGGUCGCCAUUUGGGGCCAGGAAGGAAUUUUUUCCCCCUUCCUUUAUGGAACCAACUUCUGGGGGGUUUUCGCCUUCCUCUGAGGCAUUGGGACAUAGUCAGACCAUCCCGGCGUCUGUUGUGUUAGUAGCCUGCCUUUGAAACCAUCGAGGGCUAUUCAGGGAGUGAAGAGAGCAAAGGCAUAAAAAAUGUGCACUGUUAAACAUAGAUUUAGUGUAAUAUAUAAUGUUGAACAUAGAUGUCAUAGAAGUCAAGACUAGAUGUAGGAUAAUAAAGUUAAGCUUUACUUUU